CACAAGAUGGCAAUAAAAACCCUCGGCGAAUCGAAUCACUUGCAGUUUAGAGGGAAGUGAAAUACUGAGUGCGUCCCCUCGGAGCAGCUCCCCGUCCUUCCCUUCGGAGUAGUUCCCCGUCCUUCCUCUCGGAGUAGUUCCCGGUCCUUCCCCUCGGAGUAGUUCCCGGUCCUUCCCCUCGGAGCAGUUCCCUGUCCUGAAGCGAUCACAUAAAGAGUUUGGACGAGCUGACGGGAAGAUGGCAGCUUCGAAGAGAGAUAUGGUUUGCCAGAGGAAGAGGUAUUAUAAAGAAAAGUUAAUUGAAGUGUUAGAAGACGAGGGGGUACCGAUCGAAAGAUCGGCCUUACUCACACUGGCAUCUCAAAGAAACGAUUUUUCGGUUGCCCAAAGGAAUUCCAUGGAUCAGGCCCUAGAAGCAAUGUUGAUUAGAGGUACCGCCGAGCUUGUUUGUUUGGGGGAUAAACAACAUGUCCAGCUCCUCGAUAAGAAUGUAUCUGUGAACAUGGAUAUGAUUACCGUGACCAGGAACUCCCUGCACCGGGGCCAUCAAAGGAAUAUGAUGAUUUACCGGACCAGGAACUCCCUGCACCGGGGCCAUCAAACCGGACCAGGAACUCCCUGCACCGGGGCCAUCAAUGGAAUAUGAUGAUUCACCGGACCAGGAACUCCCUGCACCGGGCCAUAAAAGGGAAUAUGAUCCAGCAAAUCUACAAUUCCUUUGAACUUCCCAAAGGGCUUGGUUUCUUAAAGAGCUUGUGUUAUAUUCAGUUUUUGUGUUUUCUUUCAGAUAGACAAGGAGCACACAGAGAAAUUGCGGCUACUUCCCUGAGAGGAGUUUUGUAUUCCAUACCAGGUUGA